AUGGGCACGGUUUGUUUACAGGCCGCAUCUCUGGCCGGUAUAAUAUGCGGUGCCAUUGUAGGUGGCCUUAUUUUGGCCAGCGCCUUUGUCUUCGUCCUUUAUCGAACUGGUAUAUUCAACCGAAAAGAUGGUAAGAACGAUGAUUACUUGAUGAUAUGGCAUUUCUUAUGUUAACACAUUUUGAUUUACAGAGAACAAAAUGUUUUAUGUCAACCGAAAGGGGUCAAUUGAAAUGGAAGACACAAUCGACGGAGAAUCUUGCAAGGUAAACAUCCUUAUCCGACAUGAAUGACUGCUUAUUUUAUUGUCAUCAUCUUGUGACCAUUUUAUCAUUGUUUACUUUUAUUGUUGUUCUUUUAGAAGGAAUGUCCCAAGUCGCCUCCCAACGAUCAAUCGAUGACCCAAAAGUCGAUUGAACUCUCGGGUCAUUCAAUUUACAAAGAAACCUCCGAACAGAGUAAUCCAACUAAGCUCUAUGAACUGGGAAUUACCAUCAGCAAAUCCCAUGACAACAACUUUAAAGUAGAAUCGGUAGAAAAGACAGACUCCCAGUUUUUGCCUGGGGAUACCCUUUUUCAUCUUGCACUUGAUCUAAAACAGCUUCCCCUGGAGAAGGCAGCUUCUCUUCUCGAACUUCUGGCUCCUUUUAAGGUCAGUGUAGAAGCCCUCAGGGUUAAGCAGACUGAGAUUUCUGUGGAAGCUGAAGUCGAACAUGAUCCUAUUGAUGAGACAGCUGAUGAGAUUGAGGAACAAAAGACGAUGGAAACAAGUGAUUCUGAACAUAAACCAGAAGGUACUGAUCAGACCGAAGAAAUGGACGAUGAAAGCAAGAUCAGACAAGAGGAAAAUCCAAUUGAAAGGAGACCCAAACAGGUUGAGGAAGAACUCCAGAAGGCUGAAGAAACGGGGGAAAGUGAGUUACCUGAGGUCUCACCCCCUCCCCCCGCCAGCUCUCCACCGGCCUCCCCAAUAUCCGGGCGUUCCAACAGAGAUUCCCAGGCAUCGGAAAGUGGAAGAAGUGGAUCUGAUGAAGAGUCAAGAAGGCAGGCCACCAAGAUACCCACCCCCAAAAUGAGUAAUCGAAGUCUCAGUCGUCCCACCAUCAACAGAAGUCCAGACAAUACUGUAAGCAGUCGAUGAUAGUCAUUUUGCAUAAAAAUGACGCCUAAACUAAAUUUGAAUUUCAGAGCUCAGGGAAUGUGAACACAAUGUACCAGGACAUGAUAACUGGAUGUCAUAAAAGCUCAGACGUUCUCGUUGUAAGCAGCGAAGAGACAGAUGAAUUUGGAUUAACUACAACUCAAUACAAUACUCUGGAAAACAACAGGAGGCGCCUCGAAAGGGAACGGCAACAACUUCGGGAUCUCGGGAUUCUCUCAUGA